UCCUCCUGUCCCUCCUCCUCUCCCUCCUCGCCGGGCCUGCGCGCGCGCGCCUCCCUUCUGCACGCGCCGCCGCUAGCCGAGCACUGUCGCAGGAGCCUCCGGCCCGCGCGUCCGUCUUCCCCUCCGGCUGCGGAGCGGGCGGGAUCCUGCACCGCGGGCGCGGCGACAGCGGCAGCUCCGGCGGGUCGGGCGGCAGCCGCGUCGCGCGAGUCCCGCGGCGAACCGUACCACCGCCCGCCGGCACGCGGGGGGAGCCGCCCGCCCCGCCGCGCUCGCCUCGGCGACCCCGCGGGGCGGAGGCGGCGCCGCGCCCGGGAGCGUGAGCGCAGCGCCCGCCUCGACCCGAGCCCCGAGCCCCGAGCCCCGAGCCCCGCGGGCCGUGCCCGCCGCCGGCCCCACCCAUCCGGGCCGAGGAGGCCGCGGCCAUGGCCGAGACGGAGGAGCGGAGCCUGGACAACUUCUUCGCCAAGCGGGACAAGAAAAAGAAGAAGGAGCGGAGCAGCCGGGCGGCGAGCGCCGCGGGCGCGGCGGGCGGCGCCGGCGGGAGCAGCGGAGCCGCGGGCGCGGCGGGCGGCGGGGCGGGCGCGGGGGCCCGGCCGGGCGACGGCGGCACUGCGGGCCCGGGGGCCGCGGGCUCCGGGGCCGCCACCAAGGCCGUGUCGAAGGAUGAAGAUGAGUGGAAAGAAUUUGAGCAAAAAGAGGUUGAUUACAGCGGCCUCAGAGUUCAGGCAAUGCAAAUAAGUGAAAAGGAAGAAGAGGAUAAUGAAAAGAGAGAAGAUCCAGGUGAUAACUGGGAAGAAGGUGGAGGUGGAGGAGGUGGUGUAGAGAAAUCUUCAGGUCCCUGGAAUAAAACAGCUCCGGUGCAAGCACCUCCUGCUCCAGGAAUUGUUACAGAAACCCCCGAACCGGCAAUGACUAGUGGUGUGUAUAGGCCUCCCGGAGCCCGGUUAACCACAACAAGGAAAACCCCACAAGGACCGCCAGAGAUAUACAGCGACACGCAGUUCCCAUCCCUGCAGUCCACUGCCAAGCACGUAGAGAGCCGGAAGGAUAAAGGGAUGCAGAAGAGCUUUGAAGUAGUCAGACACAGAACUAGACGUAGGGAUGAGGUUUCAGGAAGCCAGGCCCCUACACUGCAGCUAGACAACCGGUGUGCUGUGCUGGGAGGUCAGAGGAGCAGCUGCGCACAGUCCAGUUAAGGACUGGUCUUGGCUCACCCCGCUAGGAUAGCUAGACCACAGCUCACGCCAGGAGCAGCCCUCCGUCAGCCCGUCUCUGCUGGAUCUCCACCCGAGGCAGACCACUCGCUAGAAGCGACCGGCCCGUUGUGCUGUGGAAGCUCCCCGCUCUCUCUGUGUGUUGGAUUUAGGGGGGUUUUCCUUGUAGAAAUGUGUGAACUAGAUUCAGCAGUGUUCUUUCAUAAUUGCUCUGCAAAUACAAAGCAAAAACAAAAGCUGCAGCCAGUGGUCAUUUCGAAAUCUUUUUGUGUUCAGAUACUGAGCCUUCACAAGGGUUGACUACCUCAGGUUUGCUGCACUCGUUGUGGACUUCGCAUGGAUCACAGCUUCUGGAUGAGGAGGUUACAGCUGUUAGGUGUCGAUGUGAAACUUGAAACCAGCUCUACUGGAUUCCUAUCAGAAAUCCUGCAGAAAGUCAGCCAUUGGGGUUCUGAUCUGCUGUAAAAGGAAGAUUUAAGUGACCUUAAUUAACCUGUCCUGUGCCCCACCCUUCAGGAGCGCUCUGUCUGGGCUGUGGCUGUCUUAGACUUCCGGAACAUGCGGCUUUCAAAGGAACUGAUGUGUUCAGAUAAUCUGUAUAGGGCUGUGAUUUAUAAUUUAAACUUUGAGUUGUAUUCUGAGGUAACCACAAAUUAAAUGCAACCAAACUUGGGUCCACCAAGUGGGAAAGGGGGUGGGGGAGGGAAUAAUCUUGUUUCUUUUAGUAAUUUUUUAUUUGGGUAGUGCUUUUUCUGUGUUCCACUUUAAGGCCUUUUUUUGCUUUGACUUGGAAUGAGUCCUUUGACGGAGCAUAUUGCUUGGUUAAGUAAGUAACCUGAAAUAUGCAUUAGAAUUGGGAAAUGUCUCGUGGAUUUGCCAAUCCCUAGAGUGGAACCAAAUAGCCUUUUUUAUAAAGGGGUGGAUGCAGGGGGCUCUCCUUCAGGUGCUGCUACGGCCUCCUCUGAUCAGGUCUGAACGGUAGGUGGACUGCAGCGGAACCAGUGUGCUUCGCUCCGGCCGAGGGAUUCGCUGACCUGCCCUUAAAGAGUCAGAGCAACGUGUGCGGAAUCGCAACCUCAACCCCACUUAAGUGUCAGGGAUCUUGCCUGAUCUUUGACAAGAAUUCCAGAUACUUGUGCCCAAAUUUUAAGGUGUUGGACAUUCUGUAGAUGCAGUGAUUGUCCCAGCUCAACUCUAUUAUCAGCCUUCUGGUGUGUCUUUACGUUGUUCGUUUGGAGAGUCGGGCAAAGAGACAGGUUAUGUACACUUCUGUUUUUAAUGAUUACAGCUUAAACUGUCCAGUAGUUUUUAGUCCUUGAAAGGGACUGCAGGAAGCUACCCAGGAUUCCUGAAAAGUCUUUCCAUCUAAUGAGAUAGUCUGGUAAUUUGCUAGUUUUGUAUCUUUGGUUCGAUAGAAAUAUUUCACAGUGGUGUGUGACCACUUGGUGCAGAGUGUGGGUUUCUCUAUAAUAAAUCCCUUUGCCAAAUGCCGGAGUUGCAGACUUGCUACUGGCGAGAGUGAAGCGAAUGGGUGAGUCAAACUCUCCUGCUGGGGGAGCGUCUUCCUGUAGGAGUUCAGUCUGAUGAAAGUGUCCAUGGGGGAAUCGGCCUCCUCGGAGGGUCACAGUCUCUCCUGACGGGACCUGCCAACCGUCGCUGGGCAGUCAUGCUGGCGUUCUCUGAGGUGGCAGGAGGAUGGCUGCCUCCUGACGUGGGUGAGUAGCUGAGCCAGCCAAGGAGAGGUUGGCCGAGGAAGCGAGGAAGCGAGAAAACGAGAGAUUCUUGGUUAAACUGAAGACUUCCUUUGGAAACCAAAAUCUUAAAUAAUCUCUUGGACCUUGAGCCACAUGUUUCCCCAGAAAAGUAUGCAUUUUUUCUAGCAAAAUUUUGUUAGGGGUUGUGUUAUUGAAGAAUGAACUGAGAUGAAUAUGUGGAACUGUUAUUUAAUGGUAUGCUGUUCUAGAAAUCUGAAGACCUUCAGGAGAUUUAAAAUUCUAACUCUUGUUAUAACUUUUUAAAAGAUUGUGAAAUUAUCAAAAUGCACAUGAAUCAAGUUUUAAUAUACUGUAUGAUGGGUGGAUGAGGCUGUCCAUUGUACCAUUUCUUUCUUUGAAUUCUCAGGCAUGGUUUGGCAGUGCAAGAACUCUGUAACAUUAACAAAUUCAAUAAAAAGUAAAUAUAUGGA